AAACGUAUUUACCUUUACAGUCAUCGUUAAAGUUUUAAAUUCUGAAAUUAAGAUUGAUUGGAGUUUUAUACUUGCGUUUAUGAUGCCCUCAAUUAUUUUUCAGGGAAGACGUUUGCUCACAAGUCUAUCUUUCUCUAGAAAUGGCCUUUCUGUUUUUGACUUUUCUUAUUCUGGCACUGCCAGAAGGAUACAAGGCUGAAGAUGCCUGUUUUAGAGUGGUUGGACGAGUUAAUUGCGGUUCAACGGAGUAUGUGCCAGUCAAAGUACAGCUGUAUGAUGACGACGACAAUGAGGAUGAUUUAAUGACCAGGGAAUUCGGAUAUGGGCGUUUCCCAGAAGGUCCCACUCGAGAGCUUACACAAGGCCAAUCCAUGAUCGUGUCAGGCUGCGCCUGGGACUUUUCUUCAGAUGCUGAUCCACUGCUGAGGCUCAGCAAAUACAGCUGUAAUGGAAAGACGAGUCCUGUGAAAAUUGCACUUGACCGAAGCCAGUGUAACUACCAGCUGAGCCAGUUAAAGUACGAUAACAAAGAUGUAUCCAAAACUGUUGGAACUUAUCAGUGCUGGGGAACUAAAGUGUUUCUCAACAAUGGAACCUUGACUCAACGAAAUGAAGACUAAAAUUAACUGUAAAACAAUGCCUCAAAAGAAACACAUUAAAGUAUAAAACGCAUAACUUGUAGAGGCUGGAUU